UUGUUAACGUUAGGCUUUUCAAGUUGCCGUUGGAGGCAAAGCAUCGAAAUCACCAAAACCAGGACACCCUAUACCUACUCACCUCACCUCACCCCCACCCCAUAUUUCCACUGGGAGUAUAAGAAUUCAUCUCCACCAAUUGCAGGGUCUGAGAAGAACCCAUCAGGCCCCAACAACAUCAUGGUGUGUUUCCUGUCAUGUCUGGGUAUCACAAACAAACACAAACGCCGCAAGUCCAGCAAGAAAAUCCAACCAACAUUCAACAAGGUAGCUGGGAAGUACACACCUCUAGACUGUAGAAUACCAGAUGAACCACAUUCACAAACCAGGUAUGUGCAAUACUAAGAUUUGGGUCCUCACUUCUCAGUACAUCACUCUUUUCUUUCUUUCCCAAUAUUGCUGAACUUAUACUGGUUUAAGUCAUUCCACUAAAUACAAGAUCUUGAUGAGUUUACUUUGGGAAGAAAUCCUAAAUCUGAAUAUGAAAGUUCUUGAUUCUUGGUGUUAUCUUCAUCUUCUAAAUGUUACUGUAGAAAUCUAGUAAAUAAAAAUGUGAGCUUUAUGCGGGUUAAGCAGGAAUACAUGGAAAGACUCACGGGCUCUUAAGGUCAAGAAAAAAGUGAGCUUUAAUUUGAAUGUCCAGAUCUAUGAGCCUUUGCGGCAAGAGUCGAUUAAUUAUGAUUUUUCAUCGGACGGCCUAGAGAAGCUGGAUUCGGAGUACCCUUCAGAUUAUAGGUACUAUAGUUGCAGGGAUAGUUUUGAUGAUGAUGUUGAUGAUGACAUAAGGCUUGAUGAAAGUGAUCUUGAAGAAGAAGAAAUUGAUGAAGAAGAAGAUGGUUUUGGAAAUGAGAAUGAAUUGAUAUUAGGCCAAGGAGACAAUGGCAGGACUAGAAGUAGUGAGUAUUUGGAUUGUGUGCUAAAACCAGUUGAAAACCUCACACAGUGGAAAGCAGUGAAGGGAAUCAGUUUGAAAAAGAACCAGAAGGAGAAUAUUAGAGGAAGAGAUGAAGAAGGUGAAAAGCCUUCAAUUCCAAAUCCAGUUUCAGAUCCUUUGAAAUGCAAACAACAUCAAAACAAGAGGAUACCCCUUCAGGUCGAUGCUAGUCUCUCAAACUGGUUGAUAUCAGCAGAAAAUUAGCCACUGUGUGCCUAGCUGUUUCCUUUGUGGCUGUUCUUCUUCUUCUUUUUGCAAUUUUUGUUACUCCAUUUAUUGAUUCUUUUCUUUAUUGUUGCUUGCAAGUGUGAUAUUGUAAUAUGCACCAUUUUCUAUUUGUAUUUGUUCUAAUUAAUUGCUGUUAACUACGGAGUAUUACACUGUGAUGUGCCACUUUAUUAGUACCUACAUUGUAAUUGUAAUAUGCGCCUAUAGAAUAUUCCUUUUGUUAAAUGUAAGUGAAAUUCCCAAA